AGUCGGUUGAAGGCAUUCUUGCGAAGAUAUCGCUGCUAUCAAGGCGGGUUCAGUUAGUAAAAUCAGGUCGGAGAUCGGGAGUAUACCUCAUACCACACACCUUAUGCACCGGUUGUAAGAGCGGGUGUGGUUUGUAUUGUUUCCUCGAUUAGCAUUUCCAUCAUUCCAAUCUUCUUGCGGUCUGAAAGAUUUGAGGCUUGAAGAGUCGAGAUGGCGGCCGGGGAGAUGGCUCCGGCCGUGCUGAAGGCGCUCAGAGCCGUGUCCGUCGAGCCCGUGAUGCUGGUGGACGGGGCGUGCAAUCAGGCGAUGCUGCUCUUCAUCGAGAACGUUCAGAUGAACAAAAUUUGUUCUGUCAACCUUGGAUUCCCAGAUCAGGUGUGCAACAACUUGUCCGCUCAUCCCGAGGAAGACGUUUUAGUCCAGAGGGAGUUCAGCCUCUUCGCCUUUUACAACAGCAUCAUAAUGUCGGCCAUUCCGCUGAUCUUCGUUCUGUUCAUGGGAGCGUGGAGCGAUAAAUAUGGUAGGAAGAUCCCUUUGCUGUGGACACUCAUUGGCCACGUGUUGCAUGCUGGAGGAUAUCUUUUGUGCAACUGGCAGACGUCUUGGCCGGUUGAGGUCAUCUACUUUGUGACUUUCCUCGAGGCUUUGGGCGGCGCCAACGUGGGCCUAUUGUCCACUGUUACCAGUUACGUUAGUGACAUCUGCUCAGAGAAUACUCGCACCUCUCGUGUCAGUACAGCUCAUUCUCUGUGGUACCUCGGGGGUCCAGUGGGCACCCUGGUCGGGGCGCUGGUCAUCAAGGACAGCGGCUACAACUUGGCUCUCCUGCUGGUUCUGCUGGCCUACCUCUCGGCCGUCCUCUACGUGGUCUUCGUCAUCAAAGAAUCGCACGGACCUUUCGCCAAGACGGCUUCGCAGGCCCACGGAUCAGCCAAGCAGGAACCAAGUCCCGACAGCAAGGAAGUGUCCAAGCUCCGCAUGGCGUCCGAUUUCUUCAACUGGCGGCGUGUGGUCGAGUCCUUCAAGACGGCGUUCAGACAGCGUGAGGGCAACACUCGCAUGGUUAUCAUGGCCAUGCUUCUGAGUAAUAUGCUCCGCCGCAUAGCCAGAGGUUUUUUCAUGUACAUGUUCGUGCGCCGUGUUUUGAGCUGGAAGGCCACCGACUACGGUUACUGGGUCACCUACCGGAACCUGCUUGCGGCCAUCGGUUCGUUGUUUCUGGUGCCGAUUCUUACCAAGAUGCUUUCAGCCACCGACGCCUCGCUGGCUGCGGUGGGCGCACUGUCUACUCUUGGUGAAUAUACUUGCUACAGUCUCGUCAGCGGCGUGGCUCAGACGUUCCUCAUGUGGCUCGGGCCUCCGAUCGGAAUCAUUUCCAACGCACUUGUAAUUGCCAUCAGAUCCAUGUCUACUAAACUUGUUAGCAAAGAGGAAAAAGGUCGCAUCAGCGCCGUCAUGGCCGCCACGAACGGCCUGAUGCCCAUGGUCGCCUACGCCGCCUAUUCCCCCAUUUACUACACGACAGUCGACACCUUGCCAGCCGCCCAGUUCUUCUUCGGGGCCUCCCUCAACGUGCUUAUUAUAAUCAUAUUUAUAAUCGUUCAACUAAGGAACACACCGUCGGGAAAAAGUAUAGAAGUCGGCCAGAAGCAGCGACCGGAGUCUUUUCAAGUUCACGAGGCUGACGGCAGAUCGGUGACGAAAUCCGUCGCCAGUAAGAGUAUUCCACCGGAGGCGAGUAGGGAUGGAAACCAUGAAAAGGAGUCAUGCAGCGAGAGGAACAUGACAACACAAUCAGGUUUAAAAAGAAGAAAUAAAAGAUCUGUGCCAAGGAACCCACAUUACAUUGAUAUUCUUAGAUCUUAUAAAAAAGCGAUGCUACUUCUUAGUCAGGAGGAGAUGUCUAUACAAAAACGUCACACUUCUCCACUGGUUUAUGAAUUUCCUCAUGUGGGUAGUCGAGAUGUGUUCCAUAACCUUUGUUCGUCUGAGUCAGCAUGCGCUAGGAAGACUUCCAACUUGAAACCAUUUUCUGUACAUAGGUUGAUGGUGUGUGAAUUCAGCCACCUCGUCAUCAUGGGAACUGUCACGUCAUCGGCAUACUAUGUUGAACAUGGGGUGUCAAGGAAAUCUGACAAUUUUGCCCUACUGUCCUUCAGUAUGAGGCAUAAACUUGGUAGGAGAGUAGCAAUAGGGGUAAGACUCCAGUUUAUACAGGAGUUGAUUGUAUUACAUUUUGCAGUGGAUCAAUUAAGAAAGGUAGAGCUAUCUGGCAAUUGUAUGAAUGAUACCUUGUGUGAGGUGUUGAUGAGAGCAAGUGCAUGUGUCCCAGUGUGCGACAUGAGGAGUGCGUGUAUACAGAGAGGUGGAGCCGGCGUGAUGGGGGGGGUGCUGUCCUCCUUCUUCCAGUCUGGCAGUGCACUCCUGUCAUCCGGCAACCACCGAACUGUAUCCGAGUCAACCAAGAAAAACAUCCGCAUAGUCUUUGAUGCGCUGAGGCCAAUCCUAGGCAAAGACUUGUCUGUGUUAGAGACGCUGUACUAUUACCACUACACUAUAAAUAGUGUCAUAAUACUGCCACACUUCACUGAACAUAAAACGUUUCACAAAAUUUUACCUAGUCACGAUGGGAUUCCUCAAUGA